UUAUUUCCCUUGAACAUGAAAUAAUAUAUUUUAAAGAAAGCUGGAACUAUUGACUCAAUAUUAAGAUUAAGAACAAAUAAACUUAUAAGGGUUUGGAUCUGCUUGAGGGUGAGAAUAUUUUUCUUUUUAAUGAACUAUCCCUUUAAUUAGUCUAAAGUCAAAUGGUUAUGUGUAAAAUGAAAGACUUGAGAUCAAAAAUCAGAGAAGUAAGCACAAAACAAUUGGCAAAGUUUUUCUUGCAGACAUAGCUAAAAAAGCAACUUCAGCAAAUAUCAACUCUGGAAAUAACAUUUUGUACUACAAACAGUCUAAUACUUAAAAAUAAACAACAAAUAUUGUAAAUGUCAAUCUGCAAAAAACAUGACACAUUUGUAUAAUUUCAAGACAAAAACAGGAAAAGUGAGGAUAAUUGAGUAUAGUUGACAAACAGGCAGCAAAAAUGCUUUUUUGUAACGAGAAGAAAACAUAUAAUUACACUGUUUAAAAUCUGAAGUUUGAGAAAAUAUAAGGGGUCACUAACUUUAUCAAUUCACUGUUUAAUUUGUAAACAUUUUUUCUAAACAAUACUUAAAUAAGUCCUAUGGCAGCACAAAUUAAGACAGCAAUGAUAAAUAGCGUGUGAUUUAUCUUCAUGUUGGGACACUUAUUUUAAUAUACAGUGCUAUUUAUUUGAUAUGAAAUUAUGAAUAAUAUAAUUUGUUCUCCAUGACAUGUUGGACAUUUUCAAAUUCAAUAAAUAUGGGUGUCGCACCAAUGCACAGCAAACAUAAGAAUUUUAUAGUGAUUCUAAAAAAAGUUCAAUAUAAAAAAAUUCUGAGACAAAUACUGAAAGGGGUAGUUUAUACAAAAAAUUUAAUUCUGACAUAAUUUACUGUAAUCUCUUGUAUCAAUCCUAUGAGUUUCAAUGAUUUAUGAGUUUCCAACUUUUUUUCCAAAUAUUUUCUUUUAUGUUCAUCAGAAUAAACAAACUCAUAAAGGUUUGGAACUAACUCAAGGAGAGCAAAUAGUUAAUAAAUUCAUCCACUUUUGCGUGAACUAUCACUUUAACAUGUGCAUGACAUGGGCUUUACAGUCAAAUAGUGGUAAUCACACAAGAGGACAUGGUUUUCAGUGACAAAAUGUAUCAAAUUUUCCUUUAAAUUUAGAAUUUAUUGAACUAUAUGCUUGGUGCAGUCUAUGUCAGUUUUGAGAUUUGGCUAAAACUGUUUUAAAAAACAUAAAAACAAAAAAGUAAUAACAGUAGUAUUUUAUAAAAAGAUGUCAAUGGAAGAGUGAAAUGUUCAAUAUUUACAAUUUACUUUUAAAUGAUGGCAAUACUAAUUAUAUUCAUGUUGACAACCCAUAUAAAUGCUUAAUAAAUUUGUAUGACAGGAUAUUAGAAUAACAUGAUAAAUGAUAAUAAUAAAUAAUCAAUUGUAAUUAUUAUAAAACAUUCAAGCUUUUUUUGGAUACUCAAAAUGUGAAUACCUGAACCCAUACAAGAAGAAUGUGGAGGAUCUUUAGAGUAGGAUUUAGUUCAGAAUCACAGACACCCUUUUAAUAAUCAGUAAUGUCUAAACAACAAAUCAAACAUAUGUGAAGAUGCAGUAAAACAGACACAUUUGAUUAUUAUAUAACAUAUCAUUACAUUAAAAAACUGUUCUCUUUGCUGGCAAACUAACAAAACAACAUCGUGCUUCAGUAAUUCCGGAACAAUUACUUACUUACCAAUGACAUGCUGUAUGUAAACGACAAAGUAACACUGACGCUAGUUGCUGAAAGUACUGUACUACUGUUGCAGCCGUAAAAAUAAACGACACUGAACUGAACUAAACUGAACUGUGAAAGCUGAACUGACACAGUUUUAGUUUACUACAACUUCAAUGUAAAGCUGUUUUGACACAAUACACAUCGUAAAAGCGCUAUAGAAAUAAAGAUGGAUAGAAUUGUAACGUUACUAGUGAAAUUAUUGCAGGGGCACUACAUGUCAGUGGGUGGCGGUAAUGUGUAACGUUGCUCGCAACAGCAGAAAGAAAGGAAGGGAAGAAGACAUUCAGGAGGGCUGUUUGAAAAAAAUAACAGAAGCUUACUGCGUGAGGUGUUACUAUCGCAUGAAAACAACAAAUUUGAAGAUGUUUUGAAAUACCAAAAAAGCCUUUUAAAAUUCUUUAUGAGCAAAGCACAUUAAGUUUCAGUUAAAAUAAUGUCUGGAAAUGUGUCUAAUGGUUUGAGAGGCAAAUCCUUCUACCUGCAUGAUGUAAAGAGACAUCAGUCUGUCACACUUACUGACAUCAUCAACCGUCUGGGAGGGAAGGUGGACAGUUUCCUCACUAAGGAUGUGAAUGUGGUUGUGACAGGCAUUAAAGAAGCUCAUAAUGAUUUGCCUGUGGAUAGUUCAUGUGCUACAGGGAGAAAACAAUCUGGAACUUCCAAACCUCUGGUUUGUGGCAGUCGUGGAAAAGCGUUACUGGAAAAAGCCAUCCACAGCAAUGACAAGAGUCAGAGCAGUGUGCUGGCUAAUGCUCGCUCAUUGGGAGUCAAGGUCUACCAUGUAGAUGGUUUUCUCAAGAUUAUCAGCCAUCUCGAUCAGAAAAUGAGAACAGCCAAGAAAAAAAGAAGCAAACAAAUAGCUCCUCAAGUGAAAGCUGGUGUUUUGAAGAGUCCUUAUCUGAAAGUGGAAGACUGCAGUCGGAAAUUUAGACCAUACUACGCACAGACUCUAAAUUUUCCAUCAAUGAGUUACUCUGGAAAAUGUAGCCCAUUUGAGCUCCUCAGAAUUCCUCAGAAGACUGAUAGAAGCAAGGAUGAAAAUCCAAGCAAGGAUCAUUUUGGGAAGAAGAAAGAACCCACUAGCAGCUGCCAUAGGUUACAGGUGCCACUAACAGCAAGCGCCACACUUAGAGGCCCAACAAAGAAAAGUUCAGGCUAUUGUGAGUGCUGCCACGUAGCCUUCAAGGACCAGCAUGAGCACUUGGAAUCCGAGAUGCAUCGUUCUUUUGUUCAAAAGGACAGUAACUAUACUGAGGUGGACCAACUAACCGCUACCAUGAAUGCUAACUUUGUUUGUAUUCCAAAUGAAGAAGUGGAUCCAACUUUAAUGAAGUCAUCUGCAGGACUUUCACCAUUACAUUUGAACCAUCUAACUGAGAUGGUGCAAAAUACUGUCAGUGACAAUGAAGAAUUCUUGCAGACUCCACUGGUUCGAGAUUGUGGUCAUCUACCAUCAAUUACUGAACUAUUUACUCCAACUUUAGACAAAACAGAAAACUCUCCUAAGCCUAUCCAGAGCCUAUCUAGUUUUUCAACCCAUCAUCAAAACACAACCUCACAUCUUUAUCCAAUGCAAAAUAACUGUCCUGAUGCUUUUGACCAUGACAAAGCAGGUGUUUACUUCACCUGCACCACAAAGGUCAAUGAAUUUCAGCCUGAUGUUCUAUGCAUGGAUCUGAUCCAACAUAGCGUGUCUUCUAUAGAUAAGAAUCCCAAGAGCUUCUCUUCUCUCACAUCCUCAGAAGCUAAGUUAAACAUGCUCACCCUGUGCUCCAAAAUUCCAUGUACCACUUCUGGUGGAGAAUAUGACCCUGAAAAUCAGAAUCAGUCUGAAGUUGCUCAUGGCCACCUUGUAUGUCAUAUGCCAAGGAAUCUUGAAGGUGCUUGUUCCAACACAGUCUUUUCUCAAAAACUGGUUUGGAAUCAAGGUUUAAGUAUGUGCUUAAACAGCCCUAAAAUACUACUCCAAGGAGAGAAAGAUGGCAAUUUGCAAAGAUGUGGACAGUUUGAGUUUGAUCACAGAUUGUUACUUUCAACAAAAAAAUACCUGCAAGGCAUUGUUAGAUCUCCAGAAUUUGGCAUGACUUACUUUCCGUUAUCCUGUUUUCUACCAUUUCCACACUUGUCGGAUUCUCCCUUCCCCAAAGUUAACAAAAAGAAACGUGACAGGUCCUUUACUCAAAGUCCAAAACUUGCCAAAAGAAGAAAAAUUUGCCACAAUGGAAUGCAAAACCCAUCAUGGGACUGCAGUACUCCCUGUAAAAGAUCAUCUGUACCUUCCGCCUUGGCAUUGGCAGUCUCCAAGGUUGAUUUUACAACAAAGAUGAAUAAUAGACCUGGAGAUGAAAUCUCCUUUGCAGAUCAAACUCAAACAUGGCAUUCCCGGAAGAAGUAUUUUACUUCUCCCAGUACCCACUGUUUGCCUAAUCAGGUCGGCCAACAGGACAAUGCUACUAGUAAACUUGGUGACCAUGUUGAGCGGAAGAUAUUUCCAGAAGAUCCAGUGGAAUCCAGAGUAACCACUCACUCAUCUGAAUUGGAUCUUCCUCAACUAGUUCCAUUUUACUAUGAAGAUAAUAAGCUCCAGCGCCAUCAAUAUAAUGAUCCUCCGGAACUGUUUCCGUUUUUUUUCCAGACACCAGAAGAUAACUCUCAGGCAUCAGUCAGUAAAGUCGCAAGCAGCUCAUUUGUGGCACACUCCGGAGCCUCUGUUUGCAUUGAAUCUGCUCUUGUUCCUAACCUCACGUGGUCCCCGGCUUCUUCAGAGUCAGAUUGGGACUCUGGCCUCUUGUCAUGGCUUGCGAAUGCAGUUCCACUUCAGGCAAAAUCUGACAAAGAUGACAUGGGUCUGUUAUUACAAAAACCACACACUGACAUGCAGGAUGGAAGCUACGCAUCACGGUUGUGCUCCAUACUGCAACCAUCUUGAUUCAGGUUUUUGGCACUGAUGUUUCUCUAAUCCACAAUAGGAUGAUUGCAACUAUUGAUGAAUUCAGUCUGCUCCUAUUUCUCCUCAUUUGUUCUAGUUUUUUACUUGUUUCUUCUACAAUUAAAUUAAGGUUAUUACUGGUAUUACUUGAGAAUGAAGACUUAUUAAUUGAAUUGUUGUAAAGUUUUGUGGUUUUCAUGUAGUACAUUUAUUUAUAGAAGUUGGCCUCUGUAUGCUUCUUUGCAACCAAUGUGUAAAUAAUCUUUUUUGCAUAGGUUUUAUUUAGUGAAGACUACUCUAUUUUUUUUUUUCUGGAUAAAGAAUCAGUGUACUAAACAUUCCCUUCCACAGUGUUAUUUUCUAGUUUGUCAAAAUUAAGUAAAUAUAGUGUUAAUAACUGUUGGAAAGCAUCCCAUCUUCGAUUGACCUUCAUCCUAUUAUUAUUUUUUUUAAUGUCCUUUUUUUUCACUCUCUAUCGCCCUAUUUGUUGACCAUGACUUUAUAACAGCAAUAUCCGGAAACAUGUGCUGGUAUUGAGAAUUUAAUGAGGCUUUGCUGGAGGGGCAUCAUCCAAUUAGUUUAAGUGCUGUGUCUGGCCUAUCUCCAGUUUAGAGGCAGUGCUGAUGGAAGAACAAUGCUGUGGUGGUUUUGGAGAACUUGCAGGAUGUGAAGACAGAAAUGUCCUAUGACUUCUAAAGGUCUUUUGAGUUGCUGUGAGAUCCCAUUUAAAGAUUUUUUGGAUUGCAUGCAAAGGUUGUAAUUUUAUGACCUCUGUUGUUCAGUUGUCAGUUUUGAUGAUGUGAAUUCAGUCAAUGUUUUUUGGCAACUUCUGUGACAUUUCUGUUAAAGACAUUCUAAUUAGAGUACGUCAAGCAUAUGCCAUUGAUGUAUCGUGAUGGUGAAUCAUGUGAUUGUUUUAGUAUUUGUGCAGUUUGUAUAUUAAAAGUUAUUUCAUUCAAAAUGUUAAUUAGCAGCAUUGAAUUGCAUGGAUUUUUAUCACAAUGAGAUAAAAUGAUACACUUCGGUGCAAAAUUACAUAAACUUUGAAUUAUUCAUUGUAGUUGUCCCCAAACAUUUCUUAUUAUGUAUAUUCACUCUCAGGUUGAUCUUUCGUUUGUUCAUUGCAUCUUUAUUUUUAUAUGUAUGUUAGGUUGAAACAAUUUCAGGUCAGCUUUGAAAUUUUAUUAAUAUAUUUGGGUUAAAGAUAAAGUAGUUUUCAAACCUCUUAAUAAAAACUCUUUUAAUUAUU